UCUCACGCAGUUCCAGGCGGUCGGUGCCGCAGCUCUCCGUGCAGCCGGGCCGGGAUGGCGGCGCGGGUGUCCGUCCUGCCUUCCCCUAGGUGCCUGUUCGAUGACCCCGUGCAGAUCCGUGUGGCCGGUCUGCAGCCGCAGCAGGCGGUCACCCUCCGAGCCAGCCUGGUGGACGAGAGCGGGGAGCUUUUCCAAUCCCACGCUCUCUACAGGGCUGGGAGCAGCGGGGAGCUGGACCUCAGCCGCUCCCCAGCGCUGGGGGGCAGCUAUUUGGGAGUGGAGCCGAUGGGGCUGCUCUGGGCUCUGCAGUCCAAAACGCCCUAUAAGCGGCUGGCAAAGAGGAACGUCCUGACCCCUUUCUGUGUGGACUUGGAAGUGUAUGAGGGCCAUGGGGACACGACCCGCUUGCUGGGAAAAUGCACCAAUGAACGAUGGUUUUUAGGAGAGGGGGUGAAGAGGAUUUCGGUCAGAGAAGGUCGUCUCAGAGCAACCCUCUUCCUCCCUCCUGGACCUGGCCCAUUUCCUGGACUUAUUGAUUUGUAUGGAUCUGGAGGAGGUCUUAUUGAAUACAGAGCAAGUCUCCUGGCUAGCAGGGGCUUUGUGACUCUGGCUCUUGCUUACAUGUCCUUUGAAGAUAUCCCUGCUAUGCCAGAGAUCCUUGAACUGAGCUAUUUUGAGGAGGCUGUGAACUUUUUGCAGAAGCAGCAGCAGGUGAAGGAUACUGGCAUUGGUGUUUUGGGCUUGUCUAAAGGAGGUGAUCUAGCCCUUUCCAUGGCCACAUUUCUACCUGGCAUCAAGGCAGCUGUCAGCAUAUCUGGAAGUAGUUUUAAUUCCUUCGUUCCCCUGAAGGGGGAUGGCUUCACUAUUCCUGUCCACCCAUAUGACUUGGGGAGGAUGAAGAUUGGUGAUGAGUCUGGAAUAGUAGAUUUUUCAGAUGUCUUAGAUGAUCACAUGGACCCAGCAACUUGGGAUUGUCGCAUUCCUGUGGAGAGGUCCUUAGCCAAGUUCCUCUUCCUGUCUGGACUGGAUGACAAGAACUGGAAAAGUGACCUCUAUUGCCGGGAUGCUGUUCAGCGCCUUCAGCAGCACGGCCGGGAAGUGGAGUUUUACUCCUAUUCUGGAGCAGGGCACCUCUUGGAGCCACCAUACUUGCCUCUGUGCAAGGUUUCAAUCCACAGGGUGCUUGGGAUGUUGGUGCAUUGGGGAGGGCAGUGGAGAGAGCAUGCUAAAGCCCAAGAAGAUGCAUGGCGCAGGAUACAGACCUUUUUCUGGCAACAUUUGAUGGACUCAGACAUCCCUAAGAGCAAGCUGUAGUGGAAGCUGUCGUAGAUGCUGGCCAGGGAUGAUAUUUCAGCACUCACUGGAUAGAAACUCACCAGAAGUUUCCCAGACUGCCUUCCUCUAAACCCCACUGUUGCAUAGUUGUUUAUUUUCAUUCCCGAAAUAAUUUCACAUUUUUUUUAGUUGAAUUUCAGUUGACCUCUGACCCCGGCAUCACAGUAGAUUGGCACCAUCUGUGCUGUAGUCUAAAAACAACCCAGCAUCCCAUCACCUAAAUCACAUUUGUGCUGAGCUAUCUUUGCCCUCAAUCUGCAGCCAUCUCCUUUCAUAAGAGGAAAUACUCUCACAGGAGGAGUUAUCCAUUGAAUGGUUUAGUAGAUACAAACAGCACUUUUGUUGAACAACACAUUAGUACACUCAUCUUUCCUCCUGGUAUAUUGUUUUCUCCCAUUUAUUAGUAAAAAGGUUGCAGUAGUUCUGAUCUCAGCUAAUGGAAGAGGCACUCUUCUGGCUUAAUCAGAAGUGCCGUGAUAACAUUCUUUUUUCUGGUACCUCAAAAUCCAGAAGUGAAUCUUACCCAGGUUACCCUGGUUGUAUCUCCUGCUGACUCCAUGUAAGUUCCAUAUUAGGUUAAAGUUUUUGCUGCACUACUCAGUGAGUGCAAUGUGCGGUGUAUCUGUGUGUGCACAGUUUGCUUGAGAUUAUCUGAAUGAAACCUUCAACCAUCUGUGCACCUGCCAAUACAUUAAGGAACAAUCCUGGUGUAGCCACAAGCUGUUACUUCACUGAUUGAAGAGGUCAUGAGCAGAACUCCUCACCUCCUGUUGGGAAGACAAGUGAUGGAGUCUGUGGUUUUGUGCAGUGUUUAACAUGUGGGUGAUACAGAUGUGCCAAGUACUUGCUCUCAUAUGGUGAAAGUUAGUUUGCCUCCAUUCUGGGGGAAGAACAGUAAAGCCACUGCUGCUGAGUUCCCAGGAACCCAGUGAGGUGGGCUGCCUCAGUGGUCCUGCCACUAUUGCACACAGCUGUGACCUCAGUGACAGCUAAGGAAUGCCACUCUUCAAGAGGACUGACCUCACCUUCUGGGAAGAAUGUGCAUUUUCUUACCCUUUACCAGUGUCCAAACAUGCCAAGGGGGGGCUGUAAUCUACCUUGUGCUUUUGUGGAAUAGUGGCUAACAGCAGCUACAUAUCAAAUGGCAUCAGUGGAGCAAAUCCUUCCUCCUGGAGCAGUCAAGACACACCCUGACAACAGAAGCAAGCAGGAGCUGGAAGUCUCUGCAUUUCACUGAGGUAGAAAAAUCUUGCCACAGUGUAGUCCCUGGUUUCCAGCUCCUGCUGAGACAAAAUCCCUGUAGGAGCCUGGAUCCUGCUGAGGGAGGAACCAUGCCCUUCGUUUUCUUGCUUCAGGGAGCAGUGGUUACUCAAAAUGAGCACUUUGGGCAUCAGUGGGGUGGGGACUCUCUCAUCCAAUAAAUUCAGUACAGACUGUCCCUUCAGGUACUUCUGGUUUUCCUGAACCCCCUAUUCCUCAGACUGCUAGAUGGGUGCCACAUAGCUGAAGGUGUGAGUAGUUAGAGUGGGGACAUCUCUCUCCUGCUCACCCAUACUGGUCAUCCAUCAAGUUUUAUGCUGUUGCCUCUUACUUGAUUUCUGUUUGUCCCUUCUAUGCCUAUGUCCGGCAUGGACUGGUUGUUGCAGAUGUUUAGUGAGUGGGUGGGACCUGGCAGCAGAGUAACAUACAACAACAAGGAAAAUCAAACACAUUUAAGCAGUUCCAUCUGAGUAAGGGACAUUUUCUUUUCCCUCAUUUUUCUGUUUUAUUGAAGCAUUCAAAAAACCCUGGGCUGCUGAUCGACAUUUUCCUCAGACUCAGGGCCUUAGGCUGCGAGUUUCUCUGUGGUAUAAGUAAUUAUUUUAUUUUUACUGAACACUGUGAGAUUUUUACAAAACAGUGUGUUGUUUUCCAGCCUGUGGGAUAACUCACAUCUAUUUUAAUCCCCUCUGAGGGGAAACCAAGCUUUCCCAGCCUUCAAUGGGCAGUUUACAGACCUAUACUUUGAAUUACAAAAUUGUGACCUUCCAAGAAAAUACAUUAUCUAUAGGAAACUACUGUUACAAAUAAAAAUGCUUUCCAUCAGUAA